GUGUUCAAGUAGCAUCACAAGUUAAAAUAUGAAAGAGUAGAUGUGUAAUUUAAUAUCUUGUGCUAUCUGAGGGUAAGAGUGUGGAGCCAAAGUUUCCUACUACUACGUGCAAAAAGUAUAACUUUGUAAAGGAUUUACCAAGUACGAUUAAGAUGAAAGUUACAUUGAACUGAUUUUUGAUAAUUUUCAUAUUUCACAAGAUUAGAAUGACUGGAACUUUGGCAGAUUUGUGUGAAGAGCUUGAUAGAUUAGUAAUUCAGGCUCUAAUUUUGAUCACAAGGUUUCUUCAGUCUCAACAACAGCUGAAUACAUUGAUAAAGGAUGGAUUUUUGAACAUGUCUAAGGCCCGAUAUUGUAUGGGCAGUCAUCGAGUCAGUAUACUUCAAGUUGACUUACAAGAAUCGGUGGCACAGAAAGUUGUAGCGUACCAUGAGGUUCACAGCAACAACUUGCUUUUUAGGCAAUAUGAACUUAUUUCUGACACGCUUGGUGAAACAGAAGAUACAACCACGCUGAAAUCAGGUGAAAGAAGUGUGACUAAGGUCAGAAAAAGACAAAAACAAGAAAAGUCAAUAAAGGAAACGAGAAUUACUGAAAAUGAGGUAGCGUCUACAGUUCCAGAGUUAUUAGAAAGUCAGCCUAAGAGUCUAGAAAAUUCAAAAGUUAACAGAAAGAAAGACAUAGAACAGGACCCACUCAAAUGGUUUGGAGUUCUCGUAUCACGCAGUCUUCAACAUUGUCAACAGAAUUUUCAACAGCUUCUGCUGGUAACAGUUGAUAUGGCUUCAACACAGAGUGAAUUAUCUGCUGUUAUCAGUAGGUUCAGAUCACUUUCGAUGGAAAAAAUACAUUAAAGGAACAAAUUAUAUCAACUGAAGCUUGAGAUUAGGUGUAGUAGAAAAGUAAUACUAUCUAAUUAGCUGGAUUAGAAUAAUUUAAAAAUUGGAGAUUGUUAGAUAUUCCCUUUGUCAGAUAUGUGAUUUUCCAUUCCGAUGCUACUUGCAUAUUUAAUAAUAGUAAAAUGUUUGUAAAAACAGUGAAGAUAAAAGUUGCCUCUUGACUG